AUUGUCGCCAUUUGUAGUUUUGUCGGUGUUUGUGUUAGCCACUGUAGUGUUGUUGUUCUCGCUACGGCCUUCGCAUCGACUGUUCGCCUCUCGCGCACGGCACUUGGGCCAUGGCUGCUGCGUAUAGCUUGGUGAUGCCAAAGGAGUACGGCUACGUAAUACUUGUUGGGGUGGGCUCUGCCAUCGUCAACAUGUGGCUCGCUUUCCGUGUUGGAAGGGCACGAAAGCAGUUCGACGUCAAGUACCCGACCAUGUACUCAGACACCAACGUUGUCUUCAACUGUGUCCAGAGAUCCCACCAGAACUUCCUUGAGAGCUACCCACAGUUCCUGAUGACGUUGUUCCUCGGUGGAGUAGAGUACCCGAGACUUGCUGCCUGCGCUGGAGUGGUGUAUCUAGCUGGCAGGAUUGUCUAUGCCAUCGGCUACUCCACUGGAGACCCAUCCAAGCGGAUGCGUGGCAGCUUCCAGUACUUCGGCGUACUUACCCUGCUCGGACUGACUGUGCGCCAAGGACUGCGCAUGCUGGCCAUUGUAUAAGGUUAUAUCACUCUCUCGCGUGGUAUGGCUCUUGCAGAGCUGCCACUGAAGCACAACAUUCGGGGCCUUCGGAAACUCGAGCAGCUGACAACUCACAAGUUGGGGACCUAAUGACAUGCACUUUCCAAGAACAUUGUGAUAGUUCUUUUUAUCUGCAUUGGUCUAAGGAGGCAACGCAGGUAUUUGGCUGAUUGCGGGCAGCAGAUAUAUUGAUCUUGACACUGGACAGAAGUCAGUGGAAACUGGAACAGUGAUGGAAAAUGGGGGCAGAGAGCAGCCAACUUGGAGGGAAUGAGUACUUGCGCAAGAAUCCCCGUCCAUUUCUUCAGAUAAUAAAAUGCUUCGUUUGUUUACAUU